AUGGCCUUCAAAGUCAGAGAUUUUGAAAACAACCCUUCACUGAGAACCCUUGGAGAAUUUGCCUUUGAUGGUAUCCAAGAACUGAAAUCACUAAACUUGUCGAAAACUCGCAUAUCUUAUUUACCAACUGUUGGUCUUACCAGUAUAGAAGAUCUCAACAUAGAACACACACCGACUCUAAGGAUAUUCCCAAGUGUUCUUCAGUUUUCUAAUAUUAAAGUUGCCCGGCUUACUUACGCACACCACUGUUGCGCCUUUCAGCACCCAGAAAAGCAAGACCCUCAGUUGUGGAAGGCUUACGAGUUCCAGGAAACGGUUCGCAAAAAAUGUGAAACACCACAAACAGUGUCUACGUCAUCCACAUGGGUACUUACGCAAUCCCCAGUGACGGAACACUUUCGGAUUCGAAUACGUCGAUCAGGUGACCAGCAUGACAAAUGGGGUGAUUUUGGUGGGUCUUUUCGUGAUUCAAUGGGUAGCAACGGCUUCGGAACAUUCCCAGAGCCUUCUACGCCUUUUCCGAGAACUAAGACAACUAAAAAGUCUACGAUCUUUGAAAUUUAUCAUGAUAACACGACAUUAUCGGAGAACAAUACAGAACCGCAGAUCGUGGCAUGUGGAAACAUUUCUAGAAUUUACAGUGAAGUUAUCUGUACUCCUCAACCAAACGCCUUUAAUCCUUGUGAAGAUGUGAUGGGCUAUGAAUGGUUGAGAGUAGUGGUCUGGUUUGUGGUAUUAGCAGCUUUGUUAGGAAACCUGGUUGUCAUUCUCGUCCUCAUUACUGGGCGAAGUAAAAUGACAGUUCCUAAAUUCCUCAUGUGUAACUUAUCCGUGGCUGAUUUUCUUAUGGGUUUUUAUUUACUUUUAAUCGCUUCAAUUGAUAUUCAUUCAUUAGGCGAAUAUUUCAACCACGCAGUCUCUUGGCAAAAUGAUGGUGGCUGCCAGAUUGCUGGUUUCCUUACCGUAUUCGCCAGUGAACUUUCUAUUUACAUAUUAACAGUUUUAACAAUAGAGAGGUGGUAUGCUAUAAGCUAUGCCAUACAUUUAACUAAAAGACUCAAGCUACGUCAGGCCUCUGCACUCAUGGUAAUUGGAUGGUGUUACGCUAUAUUGAUGGCCUCUUUGCCAUUGCUUGGUAUCAGUGGUUAUGGAACAGUGAGUAUCUGUUUGCCCAUGGAAGCUACUGAUUUAUUGGACCGCGGAUAUAUAUGUUCAUUGUUGAUCCUUAAUGGUGUAGCGUUUCUUGUUAUUUGUUGUUGUUAUAUAAACAUGUAUUUUAAAGUGAGAAAAAGUGACACUACCGCCAAUAGUAAUGACGCUACAAUCGCUAAAAGAAUGUCACUUCUUGUGUUUACAAACUUCGUAUGUUGGGCACCCAUUGCCUUUUUUGGACUAACCGCGUCCGCCGGAUUUCCACUUAUUGACAUUACAAACUCCAAAAUAUUGCUUGUUUUCUUUUACCCUUUGAACUCUUGUGCCAAUCCAUUCUUGUACGUCAUUUUGACCAAGCAGUUCAGAAAAGACGUGUUCAUACUGUUGGGGAGAUAUGGUAUUUGUACGGCGAGGGCUAACCGUUACAAAGGUACCUACUCCGGUUCCAAAACAAUAUCAAAUUCAAGACACAAUGGAAUGCAUCUUCACAACGUCCAGCAGGCACCUGAUCUCUCAGUCCUAGCGCACAUAUCCAAAGGUAUCCACAAGGGGUCCAAGAUGUCUUUAAAUGGUAGCAGUACACCACACAGCACCCCAAUUACUACCCCUAGCCUUACACCCAAACAAUCACCAACAGCCCGAGUUCAAGAUAUCGAACAGACGCCAAAUGUUUCUAGUGGAGCUUGGUCAGGAAACGACAAAAACAAAGAAAGAAAACUAAGUACCGUACCAGAGACGAGUCAAGGUUCUGAUGACUUUGACUGUGAAGCUACGUGUAUUAUUGAAGCUACCGAAGGUCUGAAGGACAUCCUGGAUGACAGGGGCUCAAAUCGCGUGCGAAGUGCUAGUGAAUAUGUCAUUCUUUAUCCAGCUUGUCAGAGGGAAAACAGAAAACGUCUAUGUCGCACAUCUUAUGACAAACGGGCUAGUAUGGAGACUAGUUUGAGCAGUGCUACUGAGACGUCUUAUCUGAGUGAUUCCUCUUGGCGGGAAAGUGCAGAAAUAGAAAAAAUUCCUAGCGCUGAACAGAAUACCCCUGAAGGAGAUGACGGACAAGCGGCGUGUGAGGUUGUUAAACCGUCCCCAAGCACAGUUCAAGAAAGACGACAAAAUUUUCGGAACAGUCCAGUUGAACAGUCAGUAAUUUGCCAAAGCAGUGACGAAGAAGAGCAGGAUGCGACCCAAUCUUUGUUGUGAAAACUUUUGGCCCUUCAGGGUGCAGCUUUGCUCGUCUUGUGUUCUGUUAAGUUAAUUGAUGUGUACAUAUUAUUAUCUAUCUUUAUUUGGGCGCUUUCAACCAUGGUUUAGUAAAUUUUUGCGGAGAAAAAAUUGCUUAUUUGUCAGAAUAUAGAUAUUUAUUAUAACAUAUCUGACAUUACAGUUCAACGUAAAAUGAGACACUGAAGGCUUGUGUAUUGAUGUACAUCCUUAAAAUGUCGCAGUAUUAUUUACGUAUUAUUUAUAUAUCGUUUUCUUGUCUCGAUUAUUAAUUAACCUGUGUAUUAUACUUUCCCAUCAAGGUAUCGACAGAUCAGUGGAGUGAAAUUUGACAUUAUUGCUGUUAACAUUGUUGU